AUGGCCAUGUACCAGCGACUCUCUGCGUCCCUGUUGGCCGGAGCCGUGGCCUUCUAUCCCCGGCCAGCUCUUGCCGAGGACAGGAAACCCAUCUACGAUGACUACCCCGCCGAGUCCCCCAUCACCCCCGUCGCAGCUACUCCCGAACCGAUUCCCGCGUCUACUCCCGAACCUACAACAAUCACUACAGCUCUCUCCAGCACCCCUACGAAGGCGCCCUCCUCUCCGACGCCCACCGACCUUCUAACCACUCAAGUCCGCCAGGGCCGUCUCUUCCUCUACCAGCAGUUCCGUGCCGCCGAGGUCGGCUUCAACGACAUCCUCUCCCGCGCCCUCCACAUCGAGAACGCCUUCACCAACACCAUUGCCUCGCUGGCGCCUUCGCCGGAGUCCGGCGAGAAGAUCCUGCCCGGCGGUAUCUACGUCGUCGUUGCUGCUAUGGCCGGAUCUAUCGUUGCCCGCAACCGUGGCCGUUUCCUGCGCGGCACUACCCCGUUGGCCUUCGGUACGAUCGCGGCUUGGUCCCUCCUCCCCGUGACCAUGCGGAAUGUUUCCGACUUGAUCUGGCAAUACGAGAAGCGCGUCCCCGUUGUUGCGGACAACCACCUGUACCUCCGGGAGCGGGCGGAGUACAUCUGGUCCACUGGUGUUGCUCACAGCGCCAUGGCGCGUGCCCAGAUGGAGGAGAAGAUCGGGGAUGCUCGGAAGAAGCUGGAAGAAGUUGUGAGCAAGGGACACUAA